AUGAAGACUAGUGAGGGCAAUGCCAUGGGAGAGAUGCAGGGGCCUUUCCCUCAGCAGGUCAUUGUGGGUGUCUUGGUGCCAGCUGACCAGGUGCAGAAUUGCUUCCAAGGGUCCUACCAGGCAGUACCAGCUCCCCCUGCCUUCUAUGGAAAGCCAGGGCAGUGCGUAUUUGUGCAGCAGCCACAGAUACAGGGUCAAGUUGGGCAACUUGGGCAGCUCCAGGUACCUUUGGUCUUCCAGCCACAGGUGCAGCCGGUUCUGCGGGUCUGCUGUGACAACAGCAGCCAGGGCAGUGGUCCGGUCACUCCAAGGCUCCAGGCUCCCACCCCAGAGACCCACUCAGAUGUAGAGAACGCGGAGAAUGCGGAGAGGGAUGGAGGCGAGGCAAUCGAGGUGGAGCGGCCCAGGCUAAGUACCAGUGCCGCCCGCCGGAUGAGGCGCAAGCGCGCCGCAGAGCGAGCUGCCCUUGCAGCAGAGCAGACGCGUGCAGCCCCGGUACUUGGGGAGAGGGCACCCGUCUCAGCUGGCCGCAUCCAGAAGGCCACCUACGACUCCAUCUUAGAUCGCAGUGAGACUCUCAGGUCUAAACUGGCCAGCGGAAUCGCUGACGAAGUUCAGGAAGCACUGGCCACCCUCCAGGGGCACGUGUGGCAGUUGGCGCAGCAUGCAACAGGCUGCCGGCUCGUACAGCUGGCUCUCGAGGUAGACCAGCACUCCGCCGCUCUUUUGACGCGGGAGUUGCACGGACACGUACAAGAAGCGGCCAUCUCUCCCCACGCAAACUACGUGAUCCAGAAGGUGAUUUCUACGUUGACGUUUGCCAACUCCAGCUUCGUUGUCAGGGAAUUGUUUGGUUCCUGCGGGCGUUUGGCCCGGCACCGAUACGCGUGCCGAAUCUUCUGCCGUCUCCUGGAGUUCUGCGGCUGCCGAGAUCUCACACUUCAGCUCAUGGACGAACUGAUGCUCGACACCGAGGACUUGUGCCGCCACAACUUUGGACAUCAUGUCGUGCAGUCCGUCCUGGAGCAUGGCCAUGAGAGGCACCGCAAGAUCGUGGCAAAAGUGCUCGGUAAAGAUCUCCUGGGCUUCGCGAAGCAUCGCAAUGCUAGCUACCUGGUGGAGAAAGCGAUGUGGUACUGUGCUCCGGAGGAUCAGGAGUGGCUCCUGAAACAGUUGGCUCGCACCGACGUGAUCGUCGAUCUGGCAAGGUCCCAGUUUGGGUGCUACGUAGCAAAGUCGCUCCUGCACGACGACAGGGUGGAUGCCCGGGAGGCACUGUCCAGGAUCCAGGCGUCCUCCAUUGAUUUGCAACGGACGCGGCACGGACAGCGUUUGUUGGCCGAGAUGGGCUUAGCAGACGACCCCACUUGCUGA